AUGUCGACCCUUUCUUCCUUCUUUUUGCUCCUUGUCCUCAGCCUGGCCACGACCUGCUCCGCCAUGCCUGGUGCCUCUAACUCGACCGGCUUCAACAACUACACCAUGUCCCUUGGCCAACUCUCAGCGCAACAGGCUCUCUGCAGUUGUGACGACACUCCAUGCCCGGAGAAGAACACCGUCUGCAUGAACGGAGCUUGCACCUGCAUCCACCAUGAAGGCUGCCGCGCCGACUCUGACUGCAAUCAAUACCAUGUCCAUUGCCCCAAGGGCCAGUCCAUGAUUUGCCAGCAGAUGGACCCCUUCUGGCGCAACAACGUUUGUAUCUGCGUGAAGAAGCCAGAGGGAGGAUGCUGCGCGCCCGCCAUUGCCCAAAACAAACGAGUUGACUGCAGGAAAGUGUUGACGCACUGCCCGUAUGCCACAACGCCCUAUUGCUCGCUGGACGAUGAGGUCAAGUUUCCGGAUGGCCAGUGUAUUUGCCAGACGACGAUGUGCGAUUGUUCGAGGGUUUCGUGUCCUGACGAUGGGUAUUUGCAGUGUAAGGAGCCCGGGAAAUGUAAAUGUUGGACUUGA